ACACACACACACACACACACACACACACACAUACACACCGCCGCCGCUGGAUCCAAAGCCACCCUACCAGUUGCUUUCAUCACCGUGCUUUAAUUAUAAGGGUGGAGCGUUGCAAUAAAUUAUUUCGGUAAUCCCGUGGAACAACAACGAUUCACAUCUUCCCCUUUUACCAAGAAUCCCUGCCCUCGUUUCCAGAGCACACUCCGGGGCUCUGCCCGGCGCUGCGUGCCCACGACCAGCGGCUGUGGCAGAGCCAUCGGACGGGUUGAAGUGUAUGGGUGCCACGUCCUCCCACUGAAAAAGUCAGCUCUGAAUGGGGAAAGGCUCCAGGUGUAUGGGCACCCCGCCGGCCUGGCCCCCACAGUGCCUUGUUGAAGUCACGGGCUAAUCCCAUUAUUUGUUUCUUGUCCAAAUAAUAAUUAAUAGCGAGGCAGUUCCUGCCCAAAACUUUUAUAGAUAAGUGAGAGCAGAUGCCACAGGAGAUAAGAGCUCAUCCCACUUGGCUUUCCCCUUUUCCAGGCACUUUUCAUGGCUUCUUCCAGGAGAGGCAUCACCGGUAGAUCGGACUCCUUCUUAUAGCUGAUGUGUCUUGCAGAUGUGGGGAACUCCUAAUGCUUACCUUACAGAGGGGCAGCACGGAGGGGCAGCACUGUGCCCAGCACUGCGCAGGGAGCGCGGCAGAGCUUGGUGCACCGGGAGCCCCAAUGGAUGUGAAUGGGCUGAGGCGGAGGCAGACGGCACGCAUGCAGCCCGCUGUUGACAGAAGCCCAUUUAGGAAACACGAAUUAUCUCCCGCGCCGCUGCAGCAGACUGUAAAGUAGAUGGCAUCAGACAAGAUCAAACAGCAGCUCAGCGGGAGAGCAAACAGUGGGAGGGAAGGGCUGCGCACCACGGCGGUGGCCCAAGAGGAAAGGGUUAAUGGUUAUCCCGCAUGUUUGUAGGUGCUGUGGGGUGUGCACCGCCACGGGUGGCAUUGGUUUCCCGUGUCCCCUCUCCUCUGGGGAACUUCAGAGUCCCUAUAGCAUUGGCCACAUCAUCACAGCCCAGAGAGCUUCGGCUGCAGCGGGUGGCACAGCUGGAGCCUCAUGGAGGUCCUGCGGGAUGGUGCCACGGGGAUGCACCGCAGGCCGGAGGGACACCUGGGGACAGGGAGCGAGGUGUCACUUCCCAUCCCCCUCUGCCUGGAGCCGGCCCAUGUGGGGAAGGAUCCGGGAGACCCCAGACCUCCUUUCAUCCCCCCCAAGCCCCCUUCCCCUCCUGGAAAGAAAAGAGGAACUGAAAAUGAAAUUAAAGCAUAAUUCAAUCCGGAGCGGGUCCAGAAUAAAGUCAUCUGCUCUUAUCGUGCACUGGCAGGCUCUUCCCGCUCGGCAACAAACACAAUGUUAUCAGGGCACAGAGGGCAGAUUCGUUUGCACCGGCCGAGAGAGCUGCUGUGUCCGCCCUGCCUGCCCCGAGCCCGGGGAGCACCGGGACACACGGAUGGGGCCGAGGGCUGCAGAGGGCAGCAGCACCCCGACACCAUCGCUGUGGGUCCCCUUGGAUGGGGCUGCUGCCUCAGGUCCCUCCUGGUGGAUAUCCAGCGCUGCAGAGGGACAGCACUCGGGAGUGAUGCUGGAUGAUGAGAACACACGUGUCCCUGUCUCCCGAGUGUUCCCAGGUGCCGGUGCACCCCGAGGAGUGGCACAGCCACCUGCCCUGCACUUUGCCGUGUCACACAGGGCAGGCAGAGCUGGGUGUCCCAUGCUCUCACCGUACGCUUCACCAUGGACCGCAUCCCGCAUCCCGCAUCCCACUUUGAUCUCCGCCCGAGCCCUGGCUGUGCCCUCAGUGCCGGGGCUGCCGGCCGGGCUGUUAUGGGGCCAGCACAGCCUUCUGAGUCUUUCUUUAUAUACCCCUGUUAUUUUUAACUCUGCCUACGCAAAUCCCAAAUCCGGAAUGAGCAGCGGCCCAGGGCCAAGGGGAAAUGGACAUGGUGCAAAUUUCCUGCCCUUUUUACCUCUCUUCCUCUAUAACACACAGCAACGUUUUUCCUCCGCUGCUUAACUUUCACUGGUACAAGAAAGCUGAAAGCACCGGGCCCUGCGUGGAGUCGUGGGGGUGAGCACUGUGAUAGAUGGGGUCUUCCCAUCUAUUGGGUGUGCGUUGCACUUGGAGAUGCUGGGAGGUGCCCCAAGUCACAGCGCACCACAGCCCCCACGGGUGAUACCACAAGCUCGAGAUGUCCCUCGAAGAAUCCAACCUCGGCCAUUUUGCCACGAGCAGCCUCCAUCCCUCACCUCCUGUCGGUGCUAUAAGGGAUCCAGCCUCCAAUUAACUCCAUCUCACAAUGGGUGGGUACAACCUCCCUUUCCCAUACACACAUUAAACCAGGGAAAGUACCAGAGCCCAUCCCUGUGCUCAUCCACCCUCCUCCACACGGGGACACGGUGCUUCCCAGCCCAGCGCCGCACAGGUGUGGCUGUGCUGCAUGGGGCACAUCAGUGGCAGUGGGGAGGAAUGGCACGGUGCUGUGCGGAAGGAGCCCCCUGCAACCAUGUAGCAUCGCAACGCACAACAAAAGGACGGACUUUUUUCCUGGUCCCAGCCCAUGUACUGCACUGCUGAGCCCAGCCCGCGGGGAAUGCUCUCUUGUUGGAAAUAUCCAAAUGGGAAUACAAGCUGCCUGAGCCCAAGCCCAAUUCCUCCCUUUGUUCUGGGGCUCUGGCAGCGAAGGGGUUAGCAGCGGGGCGACAGGAACUCGCCUUCUCUUUAAUUGACCUCCGAUGAUGAAACAAUCAAGCAAACAAUUUAGAAAUGUGCAUCCAAUGAGAUCAUCGGGAAAACUUCUCCGGGAAGGAGCCCGGGGAAAGGAACGUGGCGGUAAUCCACCUGCUCCUGGCAGGGUGCGCUGGGCAGGGGCGAGUGCAGGUGGUACCGCUGCCUGUCACCUCGUUCUGGCUGUCCCCACGGCCUCUGGGCCCAGAGCCAGGCUGGUUCCUGCCCCCUCCCAUGGGGCACCCAUCCUCCAUGUCCUCAAGCCCCCCUAGGCUGCUCAGUGCUCUUUUUUCCCCCUGCCAGCACCGAGCACUCCUGCAGCACCAUCCCCAGAGCUGACUGGAGGUGAUGCAGCCACCCCAAUGGGCACUUUUAGGAUGGGACCCCGCUGAGGGAAUCCCCCCACGGGAUGGGAGAUUCCCACCUUCCCUCCCCCCCCUCCAGCCCCCGAGGAGGGCUGGCACUGCUCCCUGGCCCUGCUUUCCCCAACCCUGGCUCAGGCUCGGGCUCUGGCUCUGCACACAGUAGGGCUAAUGCUGGCCCCAAGGGUUUCCCUUCAGCACGCACUGCCACCAGGGUGGUUUUGAAGACAAUCUUAGCCCGAGCCUUCCUUCCUCAGCCGCCAGUGAUCUGGUGCCGGGCUGCUGUGUUUGUGUUGUGUGUGCGUGUGUGUAUCUUCAAACCGCAACAAAUAUUUCAUACUCGUUUUCUUUCUUUCUUUUUUUUUUUUUUUUUUUUUCCUCCCUCAGAGCCUUUUGGCUGUGGUAUUUAAAUAGUAGGUGUGGUCCCGGAGCUGCGUGCCAAAACCAACACGAGCUGCGGAGCAGAUAACCCUGCGAGCAAACGCAGCAGCAGCAAAACCACGCCAGGGCAGGCAGCGGUGCUGGGGCGGGCGCGGAGCGCGGGGCAAACAGCAUAGGGACAGCAGUCGCUCAUAGUGUCCCCAUCCCCUGCCCCAACACCUGGCCAGUGGGGUGUGAGAAUCCCCUCCGGUGCUGGAAGUGAGGCUCACCGAGAAACUUGCUUGCUCACAAAUGGAAAGCCCUGAGAUACAGUGAGCCCAAAGCCCUGACAUACGCCGCGUGUCGUGCGUCGCAGCGUGAGUCACCCGAAGCACAGCCUGCUGCUGCCCUGCCCUGCUCGUGCUGACGGUGCUGGUGUGAACAAGGGAUGGAGGGGACUCCAGUGCUCUUGGUCCGAAGAUGGGCAGAGAGAAAUCUGGGCAAAAAAGGGAUGAAGAAGAGGGGCUUCUGUGCAGCCCCCCUGCGGGCAGCCCGGCCACAGCGUAUGCAAGGGAAGCAUGAGAUCCCCAUGCUCUGCGUAAGCUCUGAGCGUUGAGUGUAGGGAUGGAGAGGGGUUGCUUCAAAGUGCUCAUCAGUCUUCAAAGCUUCCCGACACAAAAGUCCCCAGGAAGCCCUGGAGCUAAUCCAAACCUGUGCCAGGUCCCACGUUGCCCACGUUGGUUACUGGCAUCUCUGGGCAGCAAUCACAGCCAAAAAGAUGGAAGGAGAUCCUUAUCUCAGCCUUCAAGCCCAGAGCUUCCUCUGGGGCUGGAGGGAGGCAGGGUUCCUCCAGGAGAAGCUCUUGCAAGGCUUGCCUCUGAGGGGGACCCACUUGCCAGCACUUGCAGUUCAGUGUGAGCGGGCCGCCCAUGUGGGGGUGGGUUAGGGGAAAGCCAGUGCUUUCCCACCCCCAGCACACACUCUCAGCUCUCCUCCUCGCUCUGUGUGUGGCCCAGGUGGAGGAACACCCGCUUUCUCCUGCCUUAACCUCACACCCCAUGGGAAGCAGGCAGUGGGGAACCGCCACCCUUCCAGUGCGGUCCCAAAGCAGACUACCACUCCAGAGCCAGGGAUCACCCCACAGCUGGGGGCAAUGCCAGGAUAUGGGGGUUCUCCUCCCCAUCCCAUUCCAAAGGGGACAGCCAUGUGUGUUGCAACGCUCCCCGUGGGACUGUAACCCAAAAGGGGCUGAGGGCACUAUGGAGGACACGAACCCUCCUUGCUCCCCAGGAUGCCAUGCCCUGGGGCUGCCUGCAGGAUGCACCUUGCCGUGGAGCACCAUCCCCUGAUCUCAGUGUGCGUUCAGGCUACAGGCAAACAGCUCCAGACCCAAAUACUGCCUCCAGCCCCAUCCAUUUUUCCCAGCUCUGGUCUCCCCAAUGCCUCCCACAUGCCAGUGAGGGGAUUGGCAUAGCUGCUGCAUCCCGUGGCUUCUCCAGGCCCCCGGGACCUCUCGGUGCCACUGGCACGUGUCCCAGUUUGGAAAGGAAAAUAAGGUUCGGAUGUUACCUCCCCGCUCAGGAGAGGAAAAUUCUUUCCAGCAAAACAUGCUUUUAGUCCCUGAGCGAGUGCGGCUGACAUUGGGUUCCCCAGAUUUCCAGCCAAACGGGGAAUUUUCCACCGACAUCAAAGCACAACAAAGCGGUUUUGUGGGGAUGGACAGCGUGGCUGCAUGCUGCACACCUGCCCACGUGCCUCCUUGUUUUGGAAAGUGGCCCUGACUAUGAGUGACUGCAUGGGACACGAAGGUCUCCCACUCCCCUCCUGCCUUCCCUACAAUGCAGCGUGCACCUCGGGGGCUUUUUCCAUGUCUCCCUUCCAGAGAUGUUAGAAGGAUGAGAUCUGACUGAGCUCAUGACACACGUGAAGUGGGACAUGGCCAAGUCUGGAGGUGGAGAAGAGGGGUUCUCGGGGAGAUCUGGGUGCUUUGGACAGGUAAGGUCAUGCUGUCCCCACCGCUGCCCCCCAUACACAGCCCCACAUCUCAUCUUCCAUCCUGGGCUAGGGACUGGUGCAGGUGGGGCCACGGGGCAGCACGGGGCUCCCAAGGCAGCAGAGCACCGACAUCACUCCAAGUUGGCAGGAUUUAGGGAGCCCGGUUGCUUCUACAGCGGCUCGAGUUUGGGUUUGGCAUAAUGAAUCCGCACCAUCUCUUCCUGUGCAAAGGGGGCCACAGCAGGCGUGGAGAUUUAGGGGUACUCUGAGACUGGGGGGGUAGCGGGGGGUCCGACCACUCUCCGGCCUUAGGAGGGCGAUUUCUCCCUGAGAUCCUCCGGGAGCGGCUUUUGUGGACGCACCUCCCCGUUAGCGCAAUCUGAUGCACUUCAAAGCCUCCUGCCCUGGGGCCAUUAGCGUCAGGAUGAGGGACGUGGGGGCAGCCCGGCCGGGGACAGCGCUGGGGAUGGCAGGAGUCACCUCCGGGAAUCGGCACUUCCAACAAAUGGGUUCAUUUGCGGGAACGCAGCGGCUGCUGGUGCAUCAAUGGGCAGAUUAAGGGGCCGCUCCAGCCGCCCGGGAACCUUUUGGUCUGCGGCCAGGUCUCCUUUCCACUCCUUCCACCGAGGCUGAUUUGGGGAUUCUCUUCCCUCCGAGUCCACAAUUGCAGGAUCAUUUGCAUGUAAAAUGCGAGCUGGGCCCUUUAGCAGCUCGUCUGCGCCUGAUAGCGGGGCCGGGGGAGCAGCGGGCACUAAACUCGCUAAUGCAAUCAGAGGCCUCUGCACAUCAAAGCUCCCGUGCCCUCAAAGCCGCAAAGCUCCACUCGGCCACCUUUCAUCAGUGCCUGGGCGGCUGUCACCCGCAUCUCGGGCAUCCCGCAGGUGAGAGUCCUGCCUCAUGGAUGCCCUCAGACCCCUAACCCCAACCCAUGCUCACCUGGGCAUGGUGCAGGGAAGGUGCGCACACACACACACACAUACCUACACUGCAAUUAGCACGCAGGGCUAAUAACCACAUCCGAAAGGAAACUGGCUGGGGCAGCACUGGACCGCAUUCCUCGUGCUGGGGAGCGGCACUGUCCCCGUCACCUCUGCGAGGUGUCCCUAGGGAAAGGUGCCCCAGUGCCACAUUCCAACAGGUCCGGCUGCCUAACGGGGUGUCAGGCUGGGCUGGAUGGAUGGUUGGCAUGACAGGAUGGCCAGUCUGCGGCUGCUGCAUCCCUGAGGCAUGCCCAUGGAGCUGCCAGCAUCUCCUCCUCUUGGCAAAGUGCUUUUCUCCUCGCUCACCAUCCCUGCAUCCCACUGAGCACUUUCCCCAGGAGUGGCUAGGACAGUGCCCCGUGGUCCCAGAUCACACCAUUUCUAUUGGUGUGCCAUUCCCAUGAGCAGCGCAGAGCUGAGCCAUGCCCACAUCCAAAGCUGGGUGCUCGUGCUGCAGGCUGGUGGCCCUACGCAUCCCAUAUCUUUCCUGGGUCACUCUAUAAACCUUGCCAUAGGCAGGGGUGGCUGGAGACCAGACCCCACCUGGAUGGGCUGAUCUCCUGAUGUCCACCUGCAAAUGUGACCCAGCUCAGUGUGCAGGGGACCACCUAUGGGUGGCACAUGGGUGCUGGCUGCUGUGCCUCGGCGCCGUCUGGGCGCUGUCCUAUGGUUCCUGGUCACCAGUUGCCUCUCUCAGCAAACACAGCUGCUGCUCCAUCCUUCCCCAUGGUGCCGGUGCCUGUUCUACGGUGCUGACGUGUAUGCAGCGUGCAGACUCCAAGAGGAUUCCAAGAAGGCGUGAGCCCUCAGCACAGGUUCUCAGGCUGGAUGCUGGACCCUCCCCCCCCCCCCCCCACCACCUGAUGCCUUGCAGGCAGCACUGGAUGGGAGGCACCGCAGCAGCACACACAGAUCGCCCCUCCAAGCAUAGAUCCCCCCUCCAAGCUGCUGGGGCUCAGAGGCUUCCGAGCGUCACUGCUGCCCCUUCCAGCUCUGGUUGCAGGUGAGGGGGGUCCCGGCGGCCCCUUGCCAUCCCCGUGGUCACUAUCUGGAGGAUGUGGAAACUCUGAGUCACCCCCCUUUCUUAUCCCAGCGUCUCACCUUUUGUUUCUCAGUGACUCGCACCUGACUCAUUUUGACCCCGCAGCUUCCUGCACUCCGGGCUUUCGCUGCUCAUGGACACCCAUAUCCUCACUACGGUUUCACCUCAUGCUUCUCACCCUGAUUUCCAGGCAGCUGAACUGGGAGGUAACCCAGGGCUCCACCACAUGCUGCCCCAGUGCCAUGGCGUUGGGGAUGCUCUCAGCUCUAUGCUGUCUGAGCCCCUCUGCCCCUGGGCUCUUCGCCUCCCCAAAUCAUCCUUUGGUAGAACGGGGUCAAGCAAGUGAACGUCUCAUGUUGGAGAUGUUGGAGUUGGAGAACACCACUAAGACCACUUUGUCCAACCCCAACCCAUCACUGCUGUGCCCACUAAACAUGUCCAUCAGUGCCCUCUGGACCCCCAGGAUGUGACCCAUCUUUCAGCACAGACACAUGAGAAAGGGAAGAUGCCAAUAAACUCCUGGUGUUUCACAGCCUGA